AGUGAGUCGACGACCAGUAAUGCUUUAUUCAGCACCAAUGGAGAAGUCCGGGUUAGUUGUGUCUCAUGAACAACCAAAGGCGUUCACUUCUGAUAAAGAUCACAUGCACUGUGAUUACUAUAGAAAGCCAAAGCAUACGAAGGAGACAUGUUGGAAAUUACAUGGUAGACCAACUAGAGAUCGUGGAGGAAAACGUGUAGGUCCAUCAAGGGUUCAGGCUAAUUUUGCAGAAAAUGUGGAGACAUCCGGGAAAACUGCUUUUGGAGAAGCUUUUUCUUUGGAUGAAGUUCAACAUCUUCGUUGUCUCCUGAAUAAACUUGACUCUUCUAAUGUUGCCACUUCCAAUUACGUGCAGUCAGGUAUUGCCUUUAAUGCUCGCCUUAAUUCUUGGAUUAUUGAUUCUGGUGAGAAUAGACACAUGACAGGCUCCUCUAAAGGCUUUAAAAACUACUCUCCCAGUUCCAAAGGGGAUUAUGUCAGAAUAGCCAAUGGCUCCCUAACUCCUGCCUCUGGAACAGGUUCUGUUGUUUAUACACCUGAUACUACAUUAUCAUCUGUUCUCCAUGUCCCUGAGUUUCCUGUUAAUCUGUUAUCUGUUAGCGCAAUCACCAAAAAACUAAACUAUAGUGUCGAGUUCUUUCCUGAUCAUUAUGUUUUUCAGAAUCUUCAAACAACGAAGAGGAUUGGCAGUGGUACAUUGCAUGAUGACUUAUAUUGGAUUGAUGGAAUUCGAGACUCUAGCCAGGCCUUUUUUGGAGGAAAUAAGGAUGUCAACCAAGAAAUAAUACGGUGGCAUAGAGAGUUGGGGCAACCAUCAUUUUUUGCUUCAAAGAAGUUAUAUCCUAGUUUGUUUUAUAGAAUUGAGUUUGAAUCUUUGUUUUGUAUUGCUUGUGAAUUUGCCAGGCAUACUCGAAACUCUUAUUAUUUGAGUGAUAAUAAAAGUACAACUCCAUUUUCGACUAUUCAUUCUGAUGUGUGGGGUCCUGCUCAAACAGUUUCUUCAUCUGGUAGCAGGUAGUUUGUUACUUUUAA